AUGCACCUCAAAAAUCUCCGUUAUAUUAUUCUGGUAGCUUGUAUCAAGCUCAGUGUACACCUCGGUUAUAUAUUACGAGGCUUCUGUUUCAAUUUUUCUUCAUAUACAAUAGUCCUAUGGCUAUAUAUAAGUUUAUUCCAGGCUGCUAGUAUAUCUGAUGUGAGGGAUAUUGUUGUUUUGCAUUCGUUGGGAGCGGAAUGUAAUGUAAUAGUUUACAAAGAUUCUGGCACGGAAUACUAUCUUCCUGGUAUCUCUGCUAGCAAAAAUUAUCGCUGGCUUCAGCUGUUAUUAAUAGGAAAAUGCUUAUCACAAUCAUUGUUAAAAUAG